AUGAGAAUCCGUGGAAUUAGACAGCAUUUUAGCCUCCUGCAAUCACCUUUUAUGCAAAUCGUCAUCGGAAAUCCUAGGGGACCAGGAGAGACAGAGAGAGAGGAAAAAUAAAUAGGAAUAAUAGUAGUAAUAAUAACAGCAGUAAUCGUCAUUAGCCUGUGAUAUUGCUGCAUUUUGCCUGAAGCUGGCAGAAAGGACGAUGUGCCCUAGUGGCUAGAUUUCUCUCCGUCUAAAGGCAGACCAACAACUAGAACAAAAAAAAAACUAUAAAACCCCAAAUCAACAGCAACCCAAGUCACUGAGAGAUCAAGAAGGAAUGUUUUGUGGACCGGGUAUAUUUAAUCUGUAAGGGAGGAAACCAAAAAAUGUGCAAUCCAUCCUCAUUGAUCUGGAGGUCUACAACCCAGCGCGGGAUCCUAGCUGUCAGUCUCCGUGGGGAUAUAUUUUUUGCACAGGCGAGAGACUUCUGGAUGCUGGGACCCCGUCUUCUCGCCCUAUGACAUACUCCUACUCCUCCAACCUACCCCAGGUCCAACCUGUGAGAGAAGUUACCUUCAGGGAAUAUGCCAUUGAUCCCUCCAGUAAAUGGCACCCCAGGAACAAUCUGCCCCACUGCUACUCCGCAGAGGAGAUCAUGCACAGAGACUGCUUGCCUGCCACCAACACUGCUAGCAUGGGCGAGAUGUUCGGCAAAAACACAGCUAACGUCUACCACCCCAGCACCAACGUCUCCUCCAAUUUCUAUAGCACGGUGGGCAGGAACGGGGUCCUGCCCCAGGCUUUCGACCAGUUUUUCGAGACGGCUUAUGGCACGGCGGAAAACCUGGCCUCGGCGGACUACCCGGUAGACAAGAGUGGCGAGAAGGCGCCCGCGGCCGCCGGGGCGGCGGCGGCGGCAACUUCAAGUUCGGAAGGCGGCUGCGGCAGGGCGGCGGCGGCGGCGGCGGCGGCGGCGGCGGCGGAGAAGGAGAGGCGGAGGCGGCCGGAGAGCAGCAGCAGCCCCGAGUCAUCUUCCGGCAACAAUGAGGAGAAAUCCGGCAGCUCCAGUGGACAACGUACCCGUAAAAAGAGAUGCCCAUACACCAAAUAUCAGAUCAGAGAGUUAGAAAGGGAAUUCUUCUUCAGUGUCUACAUAAACAAAGAGAAACGCCUCCAGCUCUCCCGAAUGCUCAAUCUGACCGACCGCCAAGUGAAAAUAUGGUUUCAGAACAGAAGAAUGAAAGAAAAAAAAAUUAACAGGGACCGAUUACAAUAUUACUCAGCUAAUCCACUACUUUAAAACUCAUAGCGUUUUUCAAGACGAGAUUAAAUUCAGAUUUCGCCCUUGACAAGGUCAAGCCACGGGGUUACGUGGAGGAAGGAGGUGUGUAUCUGUCGGGACUAGAAGAAUCCAAGAUUUUACAUACAUGUAAAUCUACUCUGGAACUUCAGUGAUGCAUUUUUAUACAUACAUAUAUAUAUUUACAUAUCAACUGGAAUCGAUUCGAUUUUGACACACAUGGCAUCCAUUUCUAAACGGGCACGUCACCUCUGAGUGCAAAAUCCUUACCUCUUACCUUUCCAGGCACUGCGGCUCCCCCUGCUACCGCUUUCGGCAGUCACGGGCGGGGACGGCACCCCUCCGUCCCCGGACUCGCCCACCCCCCGGCCCUCCCUCGCCCCUGUGCUGCUGCACAGCAGCUGGCUGGAGAUCGCCAGGUCGAGCUCACCCAAGCAGGACCACUGCAGAGCAUCAACUCUGAGAAAUAAUCUUUUGUCCUUCCUUGGUGGAAAAUGUCUAGGUUAGAGGCAGUGUUCCAUUGCCCAUGGGUCUGAAAGGAGAAUUUAAGGAGGGGUGUGUGUGUGUGUGUGUGUGUGUGUGUGACACACACACAGAGAAUUAAAGGCGGGGGGGGUUGACAUGCCUACACCUUCACUAGGCCAACCGCGAGCAGUUGUAAUA